CACAGCUCGCUCACUUCCGUCGAAGACGCGCAGGCGCUCGGAGAGGAAUCCGUCGGACCCAAGUUUCCGUGACGCUCCGGUACGGGUUGCUGCCACAAUCUCCAGUUUUCAUAGACAAAAUGGCAGUGGAAAAGCGCCUGGCGUAUUCCAUAGUGCAGUUCCUCAGAGACCAGACACACUGUGGUUCACUAAAUUCAGAUGAACAGGAAAGCCUCGAAGUUGCCAUACAGUGUUUGGAGACCACGUUUAAGAUCAGCUCCAGCGACUGUCACCUUGCUCCGCCAACGCCACUCAGGGAGAUCUUUCUGAACUCCCUCCUCAAGAAUGAUAUUGUGACGUCAGAAGAGACGACUCCAUCUGAUGAGGACACAGAGCGGGCAGAGCAGUUGAAGAACGAAGGGAACAACCACAUGAAGGAGGAGAACUACAGCUGUGCUGUGGAGUGCUACACAAAAGCCAUCCAUCUGGACCAAAGAAAGGCAGUCUAUUACUGCAACAGGGCUGCGGCACACAGUAAACUGGGAAACUACACAGAGGCUACCGCAGACUGUGAACGGGCAAUCGCAAUCGAGCCAACGUACAGCAAAGCUUAUGGAAGGAUGGGAUUGGCACUGACUUCCAUGAGCAAAUAUCCAGAAGCCAUUUCUUACUUCAAGAAGGCUUUGGUUCUAGAUCCUGAGAAUGACACAUACAAAUCCAACUUAAAGAUUGCUGAGCAAAAAAAUAAAGAAGCAUCCAGUCCUACAGCGACAGGACUGGGUUUUGACAUGGCUAGUCUAAUCAACAACCCCGCCUUCAUUAGCAUGGCUGCCAGCGUGAUGCAAAACCAGCAGGUGCAACACCUCAUGUCAGGAAUGAUGUCUAACGCAGUGGGAGGUCCAGCUGCUGGAGUCGGAGGCCUGGCGGACAUCUCCAGCCUCAUUGAAGCUGGUCAGCAGUUCGCCCAGCAGAUCCAGCAGCAGAAUCCGGAGCUGAUCGAGCAGUUGAGGAACCACAUCAGGAGCCGAUCGUUUAGUGGUAGUGCUGAAGAGCGCUCCUGAUCAGUCCAGCUCCAGGCAAGAGGAAGAUCGAGAAGGAGCUGUGGCGAGGGCAGGCAGCGGGAACGUUGUGAAUGCAGUCCAGAGAGCAGGAACGUUGUGAAUGCAAUCCAGGGAGCAGGAAUAUCGUCAAUGCAAUACAGGGAGCAGGAAUGUCAUCAAUGCAAUCUCUACACCCAUUGUUUCCAUCCUGAGCUGGAGUGAGGAGAGGGAGGUGGGACUGUGGCACUUUAUGGGGGUGGGGGCUUUGUCUUCCGUCCAUGAGGGAAGCAGAGGAACCAGAGGUCUCAAGCCCCUUCCACACUCCACAGCUUCCCUUGGCACUUCACUGCCCUUCCAUGCUCCUCAAGUUCCACGGAUACCUGUUGGUAUUGAGGAAAUUUGGGGAAGUGUUUUCAUGGGACAUCCUGAUUAUUGUACGAGCUCCGUACUCAGAAACACUGUGGAAAGUAGAAUAGUGUGGAAGGUGAGCAGGGGCGUUUGGAGCUGGUGUGACGUGAAAGCAUCUUAGCCCAUCUGUAUACUAACAGCACUCAGAGAACCUUCACCCAAUGCAGUAGACUGCUGAGCUUCUGUAUCUGUAUAUACGCUUGUGUGCAAGUCCUCAGCUUUUCACAUAGCUGCUCCUGGCAAAGACACAUCAGGGUUGAAUUUGUUCUAAUUCCAUUUUAACAAAUUAUUUCAUUUUGAUUUCAUGCCUAUAUAUAUAUAUAUAUAUAUAUAUGGAUCAUUGUUGUAUCCAAGGUAUAAAAUGAUAUUAAGUUUUACUGCACUUUUUGUUCAUUUUAGGAACAAAUCAUUUUGUGACUGACAAAAAUCAUUUAGUGCUGAUAAAAAAAACAAACCACUUCAUAUAUGUGACUUUAGUGGCACUAUUAUUCCACUAAUUAUUUAUUUUACAACGUUGACACAAAUAAUGUUAACAGAAUGAGCAUAUUUAAUGUCUUGGCCUAAAUUAUUUUGCACGCUCUAUAAUAUAUUUGUAGUCAAAUGUGUAAUUUAAUCUUAAGAAAAUAUGCGUGUAAACAACAAGCUUUGUGCGGGGAAAAAAUAGAUGUUAAGAAUAAAUGUCUUGAAAUCA